AUGGCUCUGACUUUACCCAAAGACUCUGAGGAGGCGAAAGCGCUGGUAGGAUCUCUCCGACAGAACGCGGAUAACAAAGUCUGUUUUGACUGUCCGCAGAAGAACCCAAGCUGGUGCAGUGUCACCUACGGCAUUUUCUUGUGUAUGGAUUGCUGUGGGCGCCACCGUGGCAUGGGUGUCCACAUUUCCUUCAUGCGCUCGGCCGAUCUCGACAGCUGGAGGCCGGAGGAGGCUCUUCGAAUGGCACUUGGAGGCAACGCGGCAGCCCGGGCCUUCUUCAAGCAACACGGAUGUAAUGAUCCCAAGAUGCGGUACAACGCUCCUGCGGCUCAACUGUACCGGAAGCGGCUCGACCGUCGCAUGGCGGAGUGCCUAGGGGGGAAGCUAACAGAGCCGCCCGCUGAGGAGGUGAAGCCGGAGGCGGCAGGAUCUCCCACGGAGAGUUGCAAGGAUCCCGAGUCGACGACCGCCGGCAGCCCAGUGGCGCAGGCCCCCGUCAUUUCCAUGGCCCCCAAAACUGGAAAGAAACCGGGCGUCGCCAAGAAGAAGGGGUUUGGGGGCGCACAAAAGGUGGAGGGGGACAUUAAGGAAACCUCAGGCCCAGUUCCUCACUCCCUCCUUCAUGACGAGGCAACACCGGCAGAUGUGGUUGACGCGAGGCCGAAUACGUUCAUCCCAGAUGCACCUCCGCCCGUGAACCCGGCGGACCGUUUUCGUGGAUUGGGCAACCCCGCAUUUCAAGCUGAGGCACGGAGUGCGGAGGUGAAGGGCGGGCCGGAUUUUACGGGGCUGGGGUCGCAGCCGUACCAACCAAAGGCCGCUCGUGCCGAGGGAGGCGGCUUGCAGGACACACUCUGGCAGGUGACGGAAGUCUGGGAUUCCCUCAAGGAAUCCGCAACUCGAUCUCGCGAAGAGUGGGGCAAUAAGGUGCGGGACUUCCUGGAUGAUCUCUAA